CAUCAGUGCGGCGCGCGCUGGGUGCGUGAGCGCUUGGAGACGUAGCGCUGCGCGUGGGUCGCUACGAGAGGUGUGUGCGUCCGUGACACUACUCCACAACAGCGAUUAGACAUCAUAUAUCAACCUACGGCGGGUCACGGAGCAACGCAUCACUCACCCUGAAAACCAACGCUCUUAAACGGCAUCCACGUAAAUCUUUCAUUCAGUCCGUUUGAACAGCGCUCAAUCGCGAAUACACCCUGCUCCAGAGGUGGCUUCUAAUACCGGACAAUGACAGUGACCCAUAGCCGGAGAUAGGGAUGGAUCCAAGAGUGUGGAGGAUGCUCGCCCUGCUCGGUGUGAUUGCAGUCCUGCUGGAGGUGUAUGGUGAUGACAGCUACCUGAAUGCAGUGCAGAAUACAGUUCCUCUGUCCUGCUCUGAGGGCUUCACUGAGCUGGGCUAUUACAAUGGCACAGUUUCUCAGACCGACUCGGGUUCACCCUGUCUAAAGUGGGCCGAAUUCCCAGAUUACGUGCAGCAGUAUCCGGGCAGGGGACUUGGAGAGCACAAUUUUUGUCGAAAUCCUGACCGUGAGUCCAACCCAUGGUGUUUUUUCAGGCAGAGCACGGGGGCCAUUGGUUGGGCCUACUGCGACUGUCAUCAAGGAGCAGUCAGGUUAGCAGGAGGUUCUUCCCCAAAGAGUGGCCGACUGGAGGUCUAUCUGAAUGGCCAGUGGGGGUCGGUUUGUGACACACACUGGACAGACCGUGACGCUAGUGUGGUUUGCCGACAGCUUGGAAUAGGUGAGAUUGGCACGGCUCUCCAACACUCAUAUUUUGGCCCCGGCUCCGGGCUUUUUCACUACGCCCGCCUUGGCUGCCGCGGUGAUGAGAAAUCCCUGCUGGAUUGCAGAAGCAGGAAGUUUGUUACGAGUGACUGUAACCAUGGAAACGAGGCGGGAGUGGUGUGCGCACCACCUGAAGGUAAUGGACCGCCACUGCGGUUGGUUGGCGGGGAGGAGGACUUUGAGGGACGAGUUGAGGUCUUCCACGAUGGGCACUGGGGGACCAUUUGCGAUGAUCAGUGGGAUGACAUGGAUGCUGAGGUGGUCUGCAGGCAGCUUGGAUUGGGGGGGAUCCCUAAAGCCUGGUCAUGGGCUCAUUUCGGGCAGGGCAGUGGGCCAAUCCAAUUGGAUGCAGUACAGUGCACAGGCAAUGAGCUCUCUCUGGACGAGUGCCGUCACAGUGGAUGGGAACAACACAACUGUGACCAUAUGGAAGACGCUGGGGUGUCAUGCAAUCCCUAUACAGAUGGCGUAGUGAGACUGGUAGACGGUGAUAACCCAUGGGAAGGUCGUCUGGAAGUAUAUCACUCUGGGGACUGGGGCACGGUGUGUGAUGACAGCUGGACGGAGCAGCAUGCACAGGUGGUCUGCAGACAGCUGGGAUUCAGGGGUGGUGCAGAGGUGGCUCCUGCUGGCGCUUUCGGAGAAGGAGCAGGGUUGAUUCUGCUUGACGAUGUGGAGUGUGAGGGCAGUGAGAGCUCUUUGCUGGAGUGUAAACAUAGUGUGUGGGGUCGACACGAUUGCUCUCAUAGCGAAGAUGUUGGAAUACGCUGCCACAGGCUAGAAAACAACGAGGUACCACUGGCUCCAGAAAGUACCGGACCUCUGGUACGAUUGGCAGGUGGCGACGAGAGAAAAGAGGGAAGAGUGGAGGUGUUUCUUAAUGGGGAGUGGGGCAGCGUCUGUGAUCAUGGCUGGAAUGAUGUCAAUGCUGCCAUCGUCUGCAGACAGCUCGGAUACACUGGGGUGUCAAAAGCACGACCGAUGGGUUAUUUCGGAGCAGGGAAGGGGACUAUGCAUCUGACCAACGUGAGGUGCACUGGGAAGGAGUCGCUACUUGGAGAGUGCCCUUCCAAAGGACAAGACAGCCACGCUUGUAAGCAUGGACAGGAUGCAGGUGUGGUGUGUGAUUAUUUGCCUGAGCCGGAGGCUGACAUAGCAGUGGUGGGCACACACACCUGCGGUUUGAGGGCCGGUGCUGAGAGACGCAGCAAGAGGAUUGCUGGAGGAUAUAAAUCUCUCAAGGGUGACUGGCCCUGGCAGGCGUCCCUGUGGCUCAGAUCCCAAUCUAAAGGGAAUCGGCCUCUGUGCGGAGCCACUCUCAUCAACUCCUGCUGGCUGCUCACUGCAGCUCACUGCUUCACACGGUUUGGAAGUGAUGCUUCACGGUACAUGGUGAAGCUCGGGGAUUAUAACACACAGGAGCAGGAUGAUUUUGAACGUGUCCUCUCUCCAGAGCGCAUAGAAGUGCACAAGAAGUACCGAACAGAGAGCUGGGAGCAUGACAUGGCUUUGAUCCGGCUGAAGGGCGCUGAGGGGAAGUGCGUGUCCUUUAACCCUCAUACUAACGCCGCCUGCCUGCCUGCACCUGGCAGCAUGUGGGGCAAGAGACCUGCAACAUGUGUCAUCACUGGCUGGGGAAUGACAGACACUGAGCAUCCCAGCACUCUUCUUCAGACCUGGGUACCUCUUCUGCCCUCGUGGCAAUGUAAAAAGCAUUACGGCGAGCGUUUCACUAGCCACGACAUGCUGUGUGCUGGCAGUAUGACGUCUGACCUCAAAAAGCACGCUGACAGCUGCCAGGGCGACAGCGGGGGUCCGUUAGUGUGUCAGGGAGAGGCAGGGCGCUGGGUACUGACAGGGGUCAUUUCCUGGGGUCACGGCUGUGGUGACCCCUCGUACCCAGGUGUUUAUUCACGGGUCAGCCGUUAUCUGCCCUGGAUCGAACAGGUGACGCACAGCACCGCCCCUCUCCAGCACUGAAGCACAACUCUUUCCGAAAACCACCGGCCCGUCACACUUCAGAGAACCAGGACUCUGUGAAAGGAAAAACAAGAUCCUGAGAGUGUUUGACACCUGCUAUAAGCUUUGAACACCCUGGAUCUUAAUUUCUCUGUAUUCUGUACAGUUCAGUUUUAUGUCUUUAGCAUUUAGAGAUUAGGAUCUUUCCUUACUCGCAGAGUCUGUGAAGGUUGACACUGUAGAAUGCCCAGUGUGAUGGUAAAUGGACAGUUUACCUCAAAAUUAAAGUUCUGUCAUCAUUUACCCACACACUAGUUCCAAACCCAUAUAAACGAUGACAGAAUUGACAUUUUUGGGUGAACUGGCCCUUUAAAGAGCGUGAUUCUACCGUGCAUUUCAAAUGUUUGUAGUGCCGUCCAGAGGCUGCAGUGCAUGUCAAUGUAUGUAUUGUAUUUAAAAGCCAUUCGAUGCAGCUACCCAGGCCUUCUCCAUGGUAGAGAAUGAUAGCAUAAACUCUGCAAAAGCAGGUUUAUUUCUCCUUCUGCAGGUUGGAAGAAAACUGAAUGGAUUCCUCUACUGUCCUUGUUUAACAGAAGGCUUGAACUGCUCCUCUAAUCUUCAAGGAAACAUUUUCAGUGUUGUGGAUUAGACAAGUAAAAUGAAUCACGUAGGCUUGUUUUAGAUAGCGGCAGUCGAAGUGAUCUUUAAAGCCAUGUGUCUUCUAGAUGUAUCAUACAUCUAAUGCAGCUAGACGUUUUGAUUUUAAUCAUGUACAGUAAAUCAUGGUAUUUAACACAUUGAUUUACCAAGUAUGCUCUGAAUCACUUUUGAUGCAUUAACAUACAGCUCUUAAAGAUAAAUGACUCAGUAUGUUUUGUUUUGUCUCAGUCAUAGUAGACGUUUUAUUACAUAAAUGGCAUUUAAAAUUCAUAAUUGUGAAACACCUAAUGUGACUUUUCUCUUAUUUGUCAUGGUGAUUUAGAAUACAAUGUGUGUUAUUCUGUAAAUGCAGUAUGGCAAUUGAUAAUGGAUUUUAUCCGUGCAACUACAUUUGACUACAUCACUUCUGAUGUAGUGAAAGAACACGUUUGGAAGUGUGAGAAUAUUUUGGUUAACAGUCAGUUUGGUUAACACUUUUCCUAUUUGUUCUAUGAACUUUAUGUUUUCAUCCAGCCAGUGGGUGGCGAUACAGUGCCAUCUAAUUUUCAUAUGUUAAACCCCUUUUGACUGUUUCUUCAUUGCAGAACAGAAUUUCAGUGAUAUUCAUAAAAAAAGUUAGAUUUUUGUAUAAGAAAGAAAAACUUUAAAAAUCAAGGGCUCUUUUAAAUUGGUAAUUAAAAAAGGCAAUAGGCAUCUAAGAUGAUAAUGCAUGGCUGAUAAUGUAAGAGCCAAAAGUAUCAAAUACACUUAAAUUUGUAAGGCCAAUUUUAUUGAUUGCACAUUUGAACUUGAACGAAUUGUGUAAAAUAUAAAUGGCUGGGGUGAAAGUAAUAUGCCAUUUUAAAAGUCUAAAUGCUUAUCUUGUCAGUUAUAUCUCAUUAGCUGAUAUUUUCGUAUGGGCAUGGAUGUCCAUUUUUAUGGGUGCAACAAAUACGGAUCACUCCCUAAAAACUGACUCCAUUUGCUUGUAAGAUCUGAAAUGAAAGCUAGUUCUUAACAUUAGAAAGUUACUUUAUAUUCAGCCUGCUUUACAAUCAGUGCAUAUUGUCUUACCUAUUACUCUAAUAAUCUGGUAUUGCCUGUUUAAUUAGUUAACAGGCAUAUAUUAUUAAUGUAUUCUUCAUGUAAAUGUAGCUAUACCUUCCGAUGGGCCUUCAUAUUUCUACAGCAUUAUAUUGCUAUUAAAACCAUUAGGCCUACACAUUCAUCAUGGAUUUGCAAAAGAAAAGAAAAAAAGAGCAGUUUGGUUUGGAUCUCAAUUCACAAUUUAUUUGUUUAUUCAUUUAUUUUACUUGUAGGUUUAUUUUGGAGAUGCAUUAAAUGCAAACUGGACUGAACUGAAUGCUCCCCCUCUCUAAAGACUAAUGUCUUUCUGUGUAUUGAAUGGUGCCUGCUUAGAUCUUCAAAAGCCAUUCUAAAAGUAAACUACACAGAAGACUGUUUAAAGCGGCCAAUCACUGCAUCAGAGCUUUGGGACUCUUCAUCAAGGGCCGUGAUAAAGAGCUCAUCUCCCCCCGACACACUGGAGAGGGCUGAUGUCUGUUGCAUGUCAUGCAAGCAUCUGUUUGUAUGUUGAUGUUCUCAGUCAUUACCAAGUCUUUGAUUUUCUGUAAAAAAAAAUCUGCUUUGAAUAUUUCAAUGUGUGACAAGUGCCAAAAUAAAGUGACCUCUUCUUGUGGCA